UCUCUCCCCCUCUUCGCUUUGCGUUCCUUUCCUUUCCCUCUAUAAAGUUCUCUUCUUUCGCCUUCACCUUGCCAAAAAUCUAAUUCCAAAACCCUAAUAUCUCUCAUCGCUUAAGCAAUGGCGGAUGAAGAUACCGCGCCGGCGAAAGAAGUCGUAGUCACCGAGACAGUGGCGCCUCCUCUGGCGCCGGUUAAGGAGUCCAACCUCGAGCCCGAAGAUAAUGCGAAGAAGUUUAAUCAAGAAACGCCAUCGCCCGAGGACGGGAAGAAGAGCCUCUCAGGAGGAGUACCGCUCGCCGUGGCCUUCAAGGAGGAGGGCAACUUCUCCUCAGACCUCCCUGAGCCCGAGAAGAAAGCCCUCGAAGAGCUUAAACAACUCCUCCAAUCAGCAAUCGCCAACCGCGAGUUUUCUCCUCCUUCAGAACCGACUCCACCGGUGACUGUAUCUGCAGAGGCGAAACCAGAGGAUUCCCCUGUUUCCGCUGAUGACGACGGCGCGAAGACGGUCGAAGCCAUAGCAGAGACCGUCGUCCCCGCUGCUGCACCGCCACCGGAAGAGGAAGAGAAGACGCCGCUCAUAUGGGGGAUUCCUCUACUCGGGGAUGAGAGGAGCGACACCGUUCUUAUCAAAUUCCUACGUGCGAGGGACUUCAAAGCCAAGGAAGCAAUGGCAAUGAUCAAGAACACGGUAACUUGGAGGAGGGAUUUUGGUAUAGAAGGGCUCCUUGAAGAGGAUCUCGACUUGGCGGAGAUGGAGAAGGUCGUCUUCAUGAGCGGCGUCGACCGCGAGGGCCAUCCUGUUUGCUAUAAUGCUUAUGGGGAUUUCCAGAAUAAGGAUCUUUAUGCGAAAGCAUUCGCAGACGAGGAGAAGCAGAAGAAGUUUUUCCGUUGGAGGAUCCAGUAUUUGGAGAAGGGUAUUCGUCAGCUUCUCGACUUCAGGCCAGGUGGCAUCUCCACCAUGGUUCAGGUUACUGAUCUGAAGAACUCGCCCUGGCCGCUCAAGAGAGAUUUUCCCCAUGCUCUUGGGUUGCUCCUUGAUAACUAUCCAGAGUUCGUAAAAAAGCAGGUGUUUCUCAAUGUGCCAUGGUGGUAUCUAGCUUUCAAUAGGAUGAUCGGCCCCUUCCUAACACAGAGGACAAAGAGCAAGUUUGUGUUUGCCGGGCCAUCAAAAUCAGCUGAGAUCCUCUUCAGAUACAUAGCUCCAGAGCAAGCCCCAGUCCAAUUCGGAGGCUUAUAUAGUGAGAAUAACCCUGAUUUCACCAUUUCUGAUGCUGUAACUGAAAUCAAUAUUAAGCCUUCCACAAAGGAGAUCAUAGAAAUCCCAGUUGCAGAGCCAUGCCUUCUGGUUUGGGAACUUCGAGUGUUGGGAUGGGAAGUCUCUUACGGCGCAGAGUUUGUGCCGAAUUCAAAGGAGAGCUACACAAUCAUUGUUCAGAAGGAAAGGAAGAUGGCUGCCUCAGAUGAGCUCGUGGUGAAGAACAGCUUCAGGGUUGGUGAGUCUGGGAAAAUUAUCUUCACAGUGGACAAUUCUAGCAACAAGAGAAAGAUGCUCCUCUAUAGAUAUAUUGGUAAAAAACUUUGAAUUCCAUCAGUUAAAAAACCGCCUUCUCGUUAUGAAGAAGUCAAGCUUGGACUUUGGUUAUUUGUUUUUCUUUUGAUGUGGAUGUCUCAUCUGGUUGAACUAUUAGCUUAUUUUGCUUAUUUUUUUGGAAGAUUUCUGCAAGUUGGUGCUUAUAUAUGUAAAUGCUCUGUAGACACUUUGUCUAUGUUUGGUUUAUUUGACCGCUUUCACUGUCAA